CUUAAAUAAAAACUCAAUCUUAACAGAUAAACUAAAACGUAUAUAUGAAUAUUCCUUUUCAGUAAAAACACCGAGAAUGUCGUACAUUUAUCCAUGCAACAACCUCAUAAUUUUAUUUUGAAAUUUAAUGGAGCAACUGUAAUUUCAUCGCUCCUCAGUUUGUCCUGCCCAGAACACUAUUAUGUUAGAUUUAAAAGUCUCAUAUAUGAGCUACAUAACAGCAGGGAUGUUGCUUUUUGUUCAGAUCACCUAUGCAGCUUGGAGCUUGGACGUAGAUGGGCAUCCUCGCGGGAAAAGGGAACAUGAUGAAGAAAGUUGGACUGAUCGGGCUGCUGCUUUUACACCAGGCUAGAUCGUCACCAGGUUGCAAUCCUCAUGUCGAUCCUAUGAAAGAGGAAGAAAAGUGCAUGAAAAAUCUAAUAUUGUUCAUGGAACAAAAAGCAAAAGUAAACAGCAGUGUGUAUUGUAAGGGAAUGUGGGAAGACAUGCACUGCUGGCCACCGGCCUCUCUGGGGGAAACAGUCUCUCUGCCAUGUCUGGAUAUCUUUGGGCGUGUUUCAAAAGGUGAAGUGCAUCGCAACUGCACCAGCAAUGGAUGGACGGAUCUUCUCUCCUUACAUGAGGAUGCAUGUAGCUAUGCUUUCAAUGACUCACUUAAAUAUCUAGAACAUUUCUCAGCUUCCCAUUGGUAUUUCUCCUAUGUGAAGACCAUGUACACCAUCGGAUACACACUCUCCCUUAUCACUCUUACCAUCGCUAUCACCAUCUUCUGCUUCUUUAGGAAGCUGCACUGUACCAGGAACUACAUCCACAUCCAGUUGUUUGUCUCCUUCAUCCUAAGAGCCAUCUUCAUCUUUAUCAGGGACGGUCUCCUUUUUACAGAUUCAGAGCUCUACGACUGUGACAGCUCCACUGUGGCUUGUAAGAUUGUGUUGAUGUUCUGCAACUACUUCAUCCUUGCCAACUACAGCUGGCUGCUGGUGGAGGGUCACUUCCUGUUCACGCUGGUGAGCAGAUCCUUCUUCUCGUUGAAGAAACACCUCGCCUGGUCCAUCCUCCUGAGCUGGGGCGUACCAUUUAUUAUUAUUGUCUGCUGGGGAUGUGCUAAGUAUUUUUAUGAAGAUGAAGGAUGUUGGGAAAGAAGGAGACAUGAAUGGAUUUGGUGGAUACUCCGUGUGCCAGUUCUUCUCUCCAUAUGUGUGAAUCUCAUCUUUUUCUUGGGGAUUUUGAGGAUACUGAUCAGCAAACUCAGAAUGUCAGACGCACACAGGAGCGAAUUCAGUCAGUAUAUGAAGCUGAUUAAGUCCACAUUUUUCCUGGUGGCUCUGUUUGGUCUCCACUGCAUUCUGUUUGUUUUCUUACCCGUCGACGUCAGCAACUCUGUAUUUAAGAUCUGGACGUUUGCAGAGUUGGCGCUGUCGUCCACACAGGGUUUUGUGGUCGCUGUUCUCUACUGCUUCAUGAAUGGAGAGGUGCAGCAGGAGUUUAAGAGGCGGUGGAAAAGAUGGAAGCUCACCCGGCACCUGCCCAGUCGGAGUCGGCAGCAUCACGGCUCCAUCAGCCAGAUCGGAUCACCUCACACACAGGUCUCCCUGCUGCCCUCUUCUUCUCCUGCCAGUCUUACGAACACUGGAUUCCCUGCAGACACUCUGGAGAUGUGAGCAUAAAGUUGUGUAAGAACUUUUCCUAUAAUCCCAAAGAAGACGGAGAAGUUAAGAGCUACUCAUAUAUGGAACUAAUUUGAUUGAAAAUGAAAAUUUGUUUGCUUUGUUAAGGGAAGAUCCCAAAAACAUCUUUAAUCUACAUUGCAAACAUUUUCAGAAGAACAAAAGAUGUUCUAUACAGCAAAUGAUCUCACUGUGAUGAGAAAGCAUGACUCAUUUAAAUUGUAAUGUUUUGACUAUUUUGUCCAAGUCUUUUUAUUUAAAGAGUAUCCUCAGUUUGUAGCUAACCUUUUCCAUUUUAGCUUCAUAUUAUUUAUAUAAUAACAGUUCAGAGCCUAAUGAAGGCUAGAGGAUCGUUCAUACACACAAAAAACAAACUGGUGGUGGAACAGCUGCAGUGAUAUUAGGCUACAAUAGAUUACAUAUAAACAAAAAGGGCACCAGCAUUCAGAAAAGUUUGGGAAAACACUCUUUGUUUUAAUUAAAACAUCUAAUAAACAGUUGAAAGGAUGGUUUGUUUGGAUUAGACCAAAAUCUGGCAGAGACAUUAAACAUUACCAGGAAAAAGCUCUUGAGGGCCAAGUUGCAGGUGUGUGUACAGUAAACAGUACAUUCAGUUUAUGGCAGAGAAGAGAUAGGAUAUGACGUCUGAGCACUGCAGUUUUCCAUCAGGACCCCAUCAAAGGCUGCCCUAAAAGAAAUUAAACCAUAUUUUUCUUAACUAAAGAGUUCAUGAAACUUAAAUCCUUAAACGUGACAAUUUGGAACCCUCAACUUUAUACCAAACAACAAACCAAAAAAAAGAUACGUUUCACAUUUAAAAAGAUGAUUUAAAUCAUGAAUCAUGUUUUAAAUACUCUGUAAACAAUGUGGAAUGGAUCACCCUUAUUUUAGUCCUUGAUUGUACAAUGAAAAGUUUCCAAAGACAUUAAAAUCCCUACAAAGAUUGUAAAUUUCACAAUAUAAAAAAACACGAGCUAUCAAUUUUCUCUGUCUUUUUUUCCCACAUCACAAAACCUGACACAUUGUACCAUCUGGCAAAUAAUAAAUACAUUUUAAACAAUUAAAGAACAAGCUAAGGAAUACAUUACAUCAUUAUCACUGACUGCUUGUAAAGAAAAAAUAUAUUAAAGAUCCAAAACCUUUCAGUCUUUCUGCACAACAUUGCUUUUUAUAUGCCUACAUAACUCACUUAGAUGACUUAAGAAAAAUAAUAAUCUUUGAGAUUUUUAUUUGAAAACAGGAUCAAGGUAAAUAUUUAGCAAAAUACUGUAUACAGGUACAUCUCAAUAAAUUAGAAUAUAAUCAAAUAUGUGAGUGAUAGUUUGUUAUUUUAUAGAUUCCUUAUAGAAUGCUAUCAGAUUUUCUUGUUUAUGAAGCUGCCUAUUCAGAAUGCUGUACCAAGUAUAGAAAUGGAAAAUUGGGUGGAAGAAAAAAAGUUUGGCAGUGGUACACAAGUACAUUCAUGUUUUACUCAACAGUUGAGGUAGCAGACUCUAAAACUACAAAACUGAGGAAAAAAAGUUUUAUUUCAAAAACAAAAAACAGACAUUCAGUUUAUCUUGUGUAUUUCUUUAUUG